GCUAGGCUAGGCUAGGCUAGCGAACGCAAAGGAGGGAAGAUUGGUUCUGUUCCAUUGCAAUUGCAUGCCAACACAACAACCUAUUUCUGUGUUUGUUUGUGUGUCUGUGUUGCAACUUGCAAUCACAACCAUAGAGUCACCGCAUGGGGAAGAAGCCGCCGCACCUGUCUGACGUUGAGGCGGCCCGCAACCCCCCGUCACCGCCGCCUACUUUCCAUGUGCCACUGCCUUCCAUGUGGUUCCCGUGGUUGGUACCACUCAUUUUUUUGGCCACCAUUGCAAUGUUCGUGUAUACCAUGUAUGAAAAUGAUUGCCCUGCCUACUUAGAUGAAGAGGUUUGCCUUUUCUCUCAAUAUCUCGGCAGGUUCUCCUUCCAACCUUUCAGGGAAAACCCUCUCCUUGGCCCUGCCAUCCGCACGCUGCGGCUGUUAGGAGCCCUUGAAAAGGACCUAGUGGUGGACCAAAAUGAAGUAUGGCGCUUUUUUUCCUGUAUGUUUCUUCACGCUGGAGUCGUGCAUUUACUAGCCAAUAUGUUCAGUCUUCUGUUUAUAGGCGUUCGGCUUGAGAAGGAAUUCGGAUUUUUGAAAAUUGGAUUGUUAUAUGUGCUUUCUGGUUUUGGCGGAAGUGUGUUGUCUGUUUUGCAUUUGAAAGAAUCUGAAGCUAAUACCGUAUCAGUUGGCGCAUCCGGUGCGCUAUUUGGUCUUCUGGGAGCCAUGCUUUCUGAGCUUCUGACUAACUGGAGUAUCUAUGCAAAUAAGUGUGCAGCUCUUACAAGCCUAUUGAUCAUUGUUGGCCUAAAUUUGGCUGUUGGAUUUCUACCUCAUGUGGACAAUUCAGCUCACGUAGGAGGGUUCUUGGCAGGAUAUUUCCUCGGUUUUGUUCUUUUAAUGCGUCCUCAAUAUGGAUACGUAAAUCGCAAAUAUAUACCUCCAGGAUAUGAUGUGAAGCGUAAAUCCAAGUACAAAUGGUAUCAAUAUUUCUUCCUGAUCAUGUCAGUGAUCAUCUUACUGCUCGGAUAUGCGUAUGGCCUAGCUAAGCUGUACAUAGAAAAGUCACCGGAGAAUUUUCCCUUCCUAGAGAGUUAUCCACGAUGAAGGGUUUUAAUUCCACAGCCAGUUCUUCAAGCUUACAUGUACAAACUAAAAAUCUUCCCUUUUAGAAGCCUAUAAGGCAAUACAUAUGUCAUACAGAAUCAGAUAAAUAAGGUUUCGCUUCAAUUUCUUUUGAGACAUCUGCAUGAUUACAAUUGCUUCUCAGAAUUCUGGCUUCAAACUCUUUCUUCUUUCCAUGUACAUGAUUAAUUUGUGCUCUAUCCAGCAGAAGAAAAGGCCAAAAUCUAGUAGUACAUGAGAUGAUAUGUCAUGCUAUACAUGUAUCUUUUUGUUUUGGCUUCUUAUAUCAAUAUAAGAAAUUCUUCAAUACUGACCUCCUAAUUUAUCAGACCAUGUAAAAUAGUGUUAAAGUGUAUUACUCGUCAUGUAUUCAAAGCUGUUCUGCUUUCUAGUUCCAGAAUCAGCUAUAUGUAGAUCUCAUCACAACUAGAUGUCUAGAUUCAUCAACAAUGAUAGUUCUUCAUUUUUUGUGGUGGAACUAAUAGUUCAUCCAAUAAAAAGGAAGAAAAGCUGGGGCUUUGAUUUAAUUUAUUUGU